AUGGCAUGCUGCAGAUCAGGGCCGCGCAGGGCCUUGGCGCUGGUGGUGCUGCUUGUUGCCGCCGCCACCGCCUCCGCCCGCCAGCUCCAUGCCGCCCUGAAGAAUCUAGACCUACUCAAGGGCAAGGCUCGUGUGCUGGAGCAGGACUUUCCAGGCCAUUCAGCAAGGCUGCUGCUGGUGCACCCCAGGAACCAAAGGCCGGUGCACGUCAGGCUGAGGGACCGCAGCCAGCUUGCGGGCGUCACAACAGGCAUGGAUGUGGAGGCCCAGGGGGUGUGGGAGGACAGAUUCCUGCACAGAGACCCAGCCGGCGAGCCGCCAGACGGCGGCGACAAACAGCCAGCCUCCUCCGAGCCAGACGCCGCACGCAUCUUCACCGCCCUGACCAUCAAAGUCACCGGCAGCCCCGUCACGCCCAAACCCAUGACCGUGGCCGCGCCGCUGAGCGAAGAUGAGUUGGCCGCCGCCGCGCUCAUAGCCAAGGCAUCCACGAUCGUGCCCAGCACAGUGUCUACGUCCGGCACCGCCGAUUCGCCCAACGGAGGCUUUAUCAACGUCACCCAGGGCGGCGGCUCUUGGGUGUACAACCAGCUCAUGACCGGCGGCAUGCCCACCCUGGUCAUCCCCAUCGUGGGCGUGACGUCGGCGGGCACGCCGUGCCGUGGCACGGGGCCGGCCCCCCUCAACCGCUCUCAGAUCCAGCAGGCUGUGUUCGAGGAGAUGCAGGCCGACCCGGGCGUCUCCACCGUGGGCUCCACCUACAACUACUGCUCCUACGGCAAGACCAGGCUCACCACCGACAACAGCCUGGUGGCGGACACUGUGCGGCUGGGCUGCUCAGGGCGCAGGCACGCAGGGGGGCUGCGGGGCGGCAGGGAUGAUGGUCGGGGCGAGGGGAUCUACGGCGUGCCCUGGAGCAUGGCCACGUGCGAAUUCGACGAUUUCAACGGGUGGGCGGAUGCCGCCGAUGCCGCGCUGAAAGCCAGAGGAGUAGACGUGGACCAAUACUUUUACAGGGUGUACUUGGUGCCCCCGGGCAUUUGCACAUUUGUGGGACUCGCCUACCUGGGCUGCGAUGGCACCUUCCCCUGCCGCGCCUGGAUCGGCGGCGGCUAUUGGGGCAACGACCAGACCAUUGCCCACGAGCUGGGGCACCACCUCUACAUGAACCAUGCCGGGUCGGUGGUAGCCGGCGCCUACGACGAGUAUGCCGAUGAAAGCUGCGGCAUGGGCUACUGCUGCGCGGACCGCUGCUUCAACAUGCCGCACGCGUGGCAGCUGGGGUGGAGCGCGGUGCGCGAAUUCAACGCCACCACCCUGCCCCGCGGCCGCACCGUCAACGUGUCGCUUGCCAGCCAGUCGGCCUUCGCCGCCUCGCUGCUGCCGAUCAGGAACGGCCUGCGCGUGGUGCCCUCCUGGGCCGCCGGCGGAGAGCCCAUGUGGAUGAGCUUCCGCACGCGGACCCGCGGCGACCUGGGCCUUUUGAGCGGCUAUGAAAACAGGGUGCACAUCCACACCUCCGCCCUGGCAGACCCCCUCGACUCCGCCUUCACAACCUGGGAAGCAAUGCUGCCUGUCGGCAAGUCGUGGACCCACCCCAUCCUCAACGUCACUGUGCGGCGCUACCCCAGCACCAACCCCAAUGCCGCUGUGGUCACGCUGUGCCGAUACUACCGUGCAGAGACCCGGCUUUCCUGCCUGUAUAGCCUGGAUUACGACUGCAAUGGGCUGGCUGGAGCUGACGACCCCGGCUGCGAUGUGUACCUGUAGCCCGCUGCUGGCACCCACCUCCAAGCCCAGCCGACUACAGCCUGUGCGGGGUCUGAGCUAUGUGCAUGAGCAGCGGCACCGUAUUACAGGUCCCGCAAGCUUAGGUGGCAGCUGGCGCAUUGCUGCAUACAACGCAUCCCCCUUUUAUCUCCGUCUCCGACGCUUUGCCUACACCUGGAGGUCAGGCUUGCCCCGUCUCCUAAAGC